UAAAUCCACCUGACACCCGCUGGCCGUCAGUCGGCCACUUGCUCCUGGCAUGCGAAGACACGCGAGAAAGUGAAGUGACAUCUCGCUACAGCCACCGGACAAGUUUGGUCUCCCCACCGCACUGGAAGAAAACAAACUCUCACGGCCACGUUCGGCGCCAGUUUCUCCCGCGUUGUACUCCACUCUCACACGGAAACCAUGCCGCGGUCUUUCCUUAUCAAGAAGAAGCUGCAUCAUGCCGCCAAGAAGCCACGUUUCGACGACUCAGUGAUCAAACCGUUCCCGGAGCUGGCUACCAUCGAGCCGGGGCUGGUGGUCCCCCCGCCCGCUGUCUGGCCCGUCCCGCUCUGCUACCCUCCCGACGCCGUGAUGGAGCUGGGCGGCCUCCCGCCCCUACCGCUCUCCCCGGAGCCGCCGGCACGGGCCUCCCCGCCCCUACCGAUGGAGGCCGAGCUGCCCGGCGGGGAGACCCACCACGACAAGCCGAUGAAGAAGCGGACGCCGUCCGGUGGAAGUGGUGACCAGUCCCGUUACCAGUGCCCGCAGUGCGCCAAGUCGUACUCCACCUACAGCGGACUGACCAAGCACAAGCAGUUCCACUGCGUCACGCAGAGCAAGAAGGCCUUCAACUGCAAGUACUGCGACAAGGUGUACGUCUCCUUAGGAGCGCUGAAGAUGCACAUCCGCACGCACACGCUGCCCUGCAAGUGUAAGAUCUGCGGCAAGGCGUUCUCUCGACCGUGGCUCCUCCAGGGGCACGUACGGACACACACGGGGGAGAAGCCGUUCGCAUGCCCGCACUGCAGCCGAGCCUUCGCCGACCGCUCCAACCUUCGCGCACACCUCCAGACGCACAGCGACAUCAAGAAGUACAGCUGUAAGAACUGUUCCAAGACGUUCUCCAGAAUGUCCCUCCUCACGAAACACGAAGAAGCCGGCUGCUGUCUUCCCAACCACUAGCAGAGACUUUCGGAUGUGUAUAUGAACUUUGUGUACAGAGAGAAAACAUAAGACUUUGUGAGAAAAGAAAACAGGACCAGAGGAGUUCUGAAACU